AUGGACCUGCAAGGUGGUGGAACAGAAACCUCCUCCAACACCCUCCUAACAGCAUUCCUGUACCUCAUGAAACAUACAGACAUUCAAGAGAGAUGCCAGCAGGAGAUCGAUGAGGUUCUGGGGAGUAAACCUCAUGCAUCUUUUGAGGACAGACACAACAUGCCGUACACCCAUGCUCUUUUCUGUGAGUCUCAGCGCAUUGCCAGUACUCUGCCUUUGGCUGUACCCCACUGCACCACCAAUGACACUGAACUGAUGGGCUACAGCAUCCCUAAGGGUACACUUAUCAUCCCAAACAUUGACUCUGUUCUAAAAGAGGAAGGCCAGUGGAAGUUUCCUAAUGAGUUCAACCCAGCUAACUUCUUAAACGAGCAGGGACAGUUCGAGAAGCCUGAGGCCUUCGUGCCCUUUUCUAUGGGACCCCGUGUGUGUCUUGGUGAGAGUCUGGCUCGCAUGGAGCUCUUCCUCAUUAUGGUCACCUUACUGCGCCACUUCCAGUUCUUCUGGCCUGAAGAUGCAGGAGAACCGGACUUCACUCCUGUAUUUGGAGUCACGGUCUCACCCAAGCCCUACAAGAUGGGAAUCAGGCUGAGACAACCAGCCAGUAAGACUUAGAGCCUGGCACCAAAUGCCAGUGGGAUAGGUCUUAAUAAGACUAAAUACAAAGUAUAACUAGAUUUCACACACGGUAAUCCACAAUAACAGUAAUAAAAAUAGUAGGAAGUGAUUCUGAAUUAGAGGCGAUGUAUAUGUUCUAAGAAUACAAAUUAACAUUAGAUGUUUAUAUUAAAGAGAAAUCUAGUGAUGUAUGAGAAACUCCUUAAAAGCUCUUCGUUUGCUUAUAAUCAGACUUUUACAUGAUGUUAACUGACAUUAUUCAUGAACUACACUGUGGGAUUCACAUGUUGUUCUGAAAUAUAAUUUCUUGGGCAUUAGUUUUAUAGACCAUGUAUGAUUUUACCCUUAAACACAGCAAGAGAUUCAUACGUAGGUAUGUAGCAUAGAUAUCUAAUGGUCAAAAAUAAAAUGUUAAUGCUGAAAGGCAUGAAAAAAACAGAUGUGUUUGCUUAAAUGUAUGUAAGUACAUAAGUGUAUGAAUUAAAUGAGAGAUCAUAUGGAAAUGUACUAAUCAAAAAUCUAUUUUUAAAAAUAUGUUGAUGGUUGU